UGUAAAUACAUCACCCAUCGACGUUACUGCAAUAGAACAGAGCUGUUUUUGCGUACAAUGUGCCAUCGAAAAUUGUCACCAUAGCAAACAACAAGAGAACGAGGUUCAUACUGGGAAGACGACGCAAGAAGAAAUUUUCGCGAGAACUGGAAGCAUCUGACACUAAAUUGCGCAAAACUGCAACAAUAACGUCAACAGGAACAGCUCCCUGCAGUUACAACUAGGCCAACUACAUUUUCUAUUCUAGUCCAAUCGUUAAAGCAAGCUUUAUAGAACGUCUUUACCCACAACGAUUAACUUCCUAUAGCGCGAAAAGCCCCUUUAUCUGGUCUCUUGAUUAAGAAACGAUCAAUCGUUUUAAAUUUAAGUGGGAUAAUUGUUGAUUUAUGAUAUACUUUGUCUACUAGAAUAUCUUUCUGUGCACCUGUGUCUCUGUGUCACCAAAAGAGAAUGACACUGAAAAUUACAUAGAACAACAAAGUACAGCGAGUGCCGGCAUUCAACAAAAGCCGCACAGGCUUCACAAAAAGGCACUCACGUCAAUGUUUGCACCGAAUCACGUUGGCCAAAUAGAGAGCGUCAAAUUGUUGAAUCGUUCCAAGGCACAGGUUUAUACAACAUGUGCUAAGCAGAAGCAGUGGCAGAGUUGGCAAAAGCUAACGGGCUAGCCAACAAUGGAAGUUAGGAAACAAAGUACUCGAUACUUUAAGACUUGAGACUUUUGCUUAGAACUGGACCUUCGAAGUAUGACUCUAAUACUUUUUUAUUAUUAUGAGAUUGUCGAUCAUUUCGAAGAAUGUAUUGUUCGUUAAACUCCUCGGCGUCGUCUCAAGUUACCCUCGAAGUUCUAAUUCCACGUUGAAGUUUCGCGCCGCGUCGCGCUAAUCACCGAUCGGCUGAUAAGUGUUAAGAAGAUAAAUCGAAGACACGAAGUUAUCGGUGGCGAAAACAACAUAAUUCUUUCAAAUACUGGUGCCCACAAAAAAAAAACAAGUGACUUCAAUAGGAUACGGCAUCAAUAAAAGCUGUGAAAGUUGUAUUCGUUUGAAAAUAAGUGUAAUUAUAGUACGUGAUGUGAUACUAGUAGUGGCAGCGAUAUACAAACAUCCAACACAACACUGAGCGUAUUAAUGUCAUAUGACAGAAAAAACGAAAAGGACAAAAGAAAGAGAAAUCAUAGGACACCUAACCGAUAAUCAACGCCGAUUUGCAACAGGACCAGCUGCCACCUAGCACCUAUCGCUUCUAUCUGCAGGUCAGGACGUCCGUAUACACUGAACAUCUUUCACUAUUGUCUAGACUGAAUUUGUUGUGACAAUUCGAACACGAUUCCUGAACCGUGUUUAAUCUGUUAGUGUCAGACGUGUAGCUUGUGAAUAUUUGCUCUACGUGUCGUGGACAACUUUGAAUUGACGAAGUAUCUAAGUGUAGCGAUUACAUAAACGGGUAGCAGCAGAACAACUUCAUAGCCCCGCGAAAAAAAAGCCACAAAUUAAAAUAACAGGAAAAACAUUUCUAGCGGAGAAAAGGGAAGCAUUAGGCGCAGCUUAGCGAGCUAUGGCAAGAUCGUCCGAUAACUGUGUUUCAGAGCGGGGCGAGCUGAAGGGCGCAGUCACUGCUGGUAGCCUCGGUUCAAGGGGAUCUCUCUGCGGCGGAGUGAAUCUCGCUCAGCUCGGAAGUGGGACGCUUACCAACAGCACGAUGGGCAGUACCGGGGGUGGAACUACUCGCGUUCGACAUCCACAGACCGAAUGGCAGCGCCUUGCCAAGCUAGUUGCUCCUGAGGCUCCAAGUGGUCUAACGCGUCUCUCUCGUAGACCGUCUCAACGACACCGACAUGGGCAUGUACCUAACGUCGUUGUUUGGUUCCAUGUCAUGGACAAACGCCAUCCCGAACGUACACAGGAUGAUUUGGAGUUGAUCUACGCUAAGCUACGCGCUAUGCCACCCUUUCAUCGUCUUCAUCCGCUGUUGUUACAACAGCUUGCCUAUUACGGCUAUUAUGAAGACAUCGAUGCGGGAGUUACAUUGUUCCGAGAGGGUGACAAAGGAAAAAACUGGUAUGCCGUCCUCAAGGGGUCGCUUGAUGUUCAAAUCACAAACAACAUAGGAGCCUCAAUGGGUAAUGUUACGUUAUGCACUCUUGGCGUCGGGAGAGCGUUCGGGGAGUCAGUCUCAUGUCUUUCGUCUCCUCAUUCAGCGACCGUCGUUGCAAAUGAAUGUUGCGAACUACUACGAAUUGACCAGAAAGACUUCCAGAUGCUAUGGGAGCGAAAUGGUCACCUGAUGGAGGAUAUUGUGUCACCCCUUAGCACGCUAAGGGGCAUCACCCAGCACCACAUCGGGCAGGGCCUUGCUAGCCAUCAAGGGCACCCAGGCCAUCCGAGACAAACGACACAGCUACUAAUGAAUCAGUCUGCCAGGCCGCCCCUUUCUGGUCUGGGCAGUCUUCAACCCGAUUAUAUAAACAGCUCUAACCAGCCAGAGCCCUUUCGUCGCGCGUCGACGAAUUCGGUUCGGCUUCCGGGCGAACAGUUUCAAUUAAACAGCAAUGUCGGCGCGCAACAGCCGACUUUAGGUCAACAACAGGCGCAGGACACGGGAUCUGGAGAACUUCAGCAGGCUAACCCACAACACUCCCAGGUGGUGACAAGUGGCAGCACCCCCGCAGCGACAUCUUUCUACCAUCCCAACGGAAAGGGCCCGCCACAACAAAGCCAGCAACAACAACAACAACAACAACAACUUCAACCCGUGGCACGACAGCAGCAGGAGCGACAAACACAACAACUAAAUAAUGCUCAGCAAAUAAUGCAACAACACCUGCAGCAAUCUCAGCAGCUUCAGUCUCAACAAAUUCAGCAGACACCGCAACAGCAACACCCGGUUAUUGUUACACGAGCCUCGUGGGUGCUUCGAACUGUACUACUGUUCCAGGCGCCACAAUUAUUAAGGGAUUGUCGAGUGAAUCAGAAUCGAGCGUUCCGAAGGUGUAUGGUCGGCACCGAAAUGGUCGACUGGCUAUUGCACAUGGGAUCUACACAUGUGCGACUCUCAUCACGAGCUCAGGCUGCAGGAAUGUGGCAGGUUCUUCUAGAAGAAGGAUGCAUCAACCAUGUGACCGGAGAGCGUCAGUUCGAAGACAAGUAUCUGUUCUACCGAUUUCGCGAGGACGACACAACCCACCCCUGGUUACCGACCUCUGAAGAGCGCAAUCAGGCGGAGUGCGAGCUCCAGGAAUGCCUCGUGCUACUGAUGCAGCUCGCCCCGGACGCCAAUCUGCGUAUGAUACUCAGAAAGCCUCCUUCGGAGCGUCGCAAGGACGAUUUGGACACUAUCUACGAGGAGCUGACUCGAAUCAAAGCACUUUCGCAUUUAUCUAAUUCAGUCAAGAGGGAGCUCUCCGGCGUCAUGGUUUUCGAAUCGCAUCCCAAGCGUGAUACUGUCUUGUUCAACCAAGGAGACGAAGGCAAGUCAUGGUACAUCAUCCUCAAGGGAUCCGUAAACGUAGCUAUAUAUGGCAAGGGUGUCGUCUGUGUGUUGCAUGAAGGAGACGAUUUUGGAAAACUGGCCUUGGUCAACGACGCGCCAAGAGCUGCGACCAUUGUCACGCGCGAGGAAAACUGCCACUUUCUACGUGUUGACAAGCACGACUUCAACCGUAUUCUCAGAGAUGUUGAGGCAAACACAGUGCGCCUGAAAGAGCAUGGCCAGGAUGUAUUGGUCCUGCAGAAAACAAGCCCACAAAAUCAGGAGGUCCAAACAGGAUCCCCGAUUGGUACCGGCCCUGCAGCCAUCAGCAACCAAACGCAGGCAGGACCCAACGGGCAACAGGCCAAUAACGCACUGGCUAACAACCGGAACAACGCCAUUUACAAUGCGUCGCACUACAAGUACACGGUUAUGGCCGGUACACCCCAGAAAAUGCUGGAACACCUCCUUGAGACGCGUAUCGGUGAGCGUGGCGACGAACAUCAAGUGCUUUGGUCUCUAGGAGGCAGUACAACUGGCGCAGACUCAUUCCUUGAAGAUUUUCUACUCACCCACGUCAUUUUCAUGCCGUCGCAUGAACUUUGCCCUGAACUUAUGAAACAUUACAGACUUGACUCAGUGAAUCAACGACAGGAUCGUGAGUUUAUUCUGUCAUCAAAACGCCGCGUUGUCCACUUUACAGCAGCGUGGGCUGGGGUCGUGCGAGAGCCAUUCUAUCAGGACCCUGUUGUUCAGGGCUUUCUCGAGGAACUGUCUGGGGCUAUUGAAGAAGACCAGAUUCGGUACCCCGGACACUAUCUCAUCGACCAAAAGGCUAUCGUGCAACGACUAUUCGAUAUCGUCAACAAGUAUCGCACGGAUCCGAGCCAGACAAGUGGCCAGAAGUGGAAGGUGGACGCUUACGGUCAAAUUCGGCACCUUUCGUCGGGAAGUACUACAACCGAUGAUACCCCAACCGGUCCGAAUGGGUCCGGUAGCACUCAGGCCAACAACUCGAACAGUGGGGUGGGCAACAGUACUUCAGGAGGCAACGGAGCACUGCACGAUCUACAAAACAUACGACCCUUCAAAGAAAAUGAUGAAAUUAUUUUUCGAGUAUAUUGUGCAGAUCAUACGUACGUGACGCUAAAAACACCCAUAAUCGCGACAGCUGACCAAAUUAAACGUUCAGCUACCGAGAAAACAACUAUGCCAGCUGACGAAACGAUUCUCGUCGAGGUGAAGAGUACAGGUGAACGGUUGCCUUUCAACGAAGCCGAAGUAUCCGUUGCCACCGGACUAUCGAUAAAUGGACGACUCUUCAUUGUGCCCAUUGAGCACCUCGAUUCACUUACACCAGUCGCAGAGCAGAACCCAUUUGUAGACGGGACGGCAAAUAUCUUGGAGUCACUGAGUUCUCAAGAUAUCGCCUACCAUAUGGCCGUUUAUGAAUGGAAGCUUUUCACUACUGUCCACGAGUAUGAACUAAUCUAUCAAGUGUUUGGUAGAAACCAGUUUCGGCGAGGCAUGUCCAAUCUAGACAUGUUCCAACGAAGAUUUAACAUAGUUCAAUUCUGGGUCGUAACGGAGAUGUGUCAAGCCAAUUCCCUUUCGAGAAGAGUACAGCUGUUAAAGAAGUUCAUCAAGAUUGCCCAACACUGUCGCGAGUACCAAAACCUGAAUUCGUUGUUCGCAAUCGUUAUGGGUUUGGGUAAUCAGGCGGUUUCCCGCCUCAGCCAGACGUGGGAGCGUCUUCCAUCUAAGCUACGCCGCACAUUUGAAGAUCUCGAAAACUUAAUCGAUCCUUCACGGAACCACAAACGAUAUCGCUCUGCCGUGGCAAAGCUUCAGCCACCACUGAUUCCCUUUAUGCCGCUACUGCUAAAGGAUAUGACGUUCUGCCAUCUGGGGAACAAGACAUAUAUCGACGGGUUGGUGAAUUUCGAGAAAAUGCACAUGAUUGGUCAGACGCUUCGACAUUUGCGGUACGCGAGAAGCCAGCGGCUGGGGAUCGAGCAUCCGCACCCGCAGGCUGCCUCGAAAACCGCUAAUCACAAUGAUGUCGUAGCUGACUACGUACGCAAUUUGAAAGUGAUCGACAAUCAGAGGACCCUAUCAAAAUUGUCAAAUAUUCUCGAACCAAGAAGACCGUAAAGAGUUCCAGGAAGCUAUCGU